AUGGAAACAACAAAUAUUCCGUCCUUCGAAAGUCUUGAUCUCGCAGACGAUCAACGUUCAAAUAAAAUAUUUUCUUCAAUAUUGAAGACACUGUUGGUUAAUGGAAAUCGAUAUAUGACUGCAAAGGAAAUAGUAGAGGGGAUUCACGAACAUGGAUUCACGAGACUUGGGGGACUUACGCCACAAGCCACUGUCCAAGGCAACAUUUCUACAGCAAUUUCCACAGCACUGUCAAAGAAACGCCCAACGCCAAUUGAAAAACGCAAAGUGGAGUCGAAUGGAAUAGGUUAUCGAAUUGCCAAAGGUUUGUUUCCUCCGGAUUCUGAAAUUCUUUCCUUGAUGGAAUUAGAUCCUCCAGACCCCCCGGGAAAUAAUAAGAAAAAACCUCCGGUGAAAAAAUCACAAGCAAAGUCAUCUAGAGUUACUGCUAGUCGAAAUAAAACAAAAAGGCAAACAUCAAAAAUAACAACCAGGGCCAAAUCUAGAAAUGGUUUACCCAAGAAAAGAUCGAGCCAAAAGUAUACCAAUAUUCAAACAGUAGUUGAUUACUCGAGUGAGAGUGAUUCUGAUUCGUCAGAAGAGAGAAUUUCUAAAAAGAGAGGCACAAAACUUCGUACAUCAAACGAUUCUAGUUCCACGGACAGUGAUUCAGAAAUAACCGAAGAUUUGUCAUCGGCGCAAACGCCUCAAGAGCCUAAUGUUGGUUUGAAUGAAAUCGAUGCACAUAAUUCUUCAUUUCUGACAAUAAAUGAGCCCUCUGAUUUCGGAAUUGAUCAUUCGAUUGGACCUGUAUCAUUUGCCAUUGCUCAGGAGACUGGUUACUCUUAUCCUCGAUUUAGGAGCAGUCCCAGAAUGAGAUAUGCAAAGGCAAAAUGUGAAGAUGCAUUUUGUGUUAGGGAUUUAUAUUAUGUGAAUGGUUCUUUCUUAGGAAGAUUAUUUUGUUUAGCAGAUGGACAUGGAGGCUCAGGAUGUUCUGCAUUUUUGACAUCCCGAGUUCCAGAUUGCGUAGAAAGCAUGCUUCGGCUUUACGAACCCACACAGUUAGAAGAUGACCACAUUCAAGAGAAUUUCAAACGAGACAUGACUGUGCUUAUUAGGCGCCUUGAUGACGAAUAUUUAAAUGCUAAGAGGGAGGAGUAUCGCCAUUGGCAGGCUCAUGAUGAUUUGGUAGCACCUAUUGAUGACGGAGCGACUUUGGUUAUAAAUUUAUUCUUUGGAGAAUGGUUCAUCAACAUAAAUGUUGGGGAUUCACGUACCAUUCUUGCGAGUAAAGUCAAUGAGAAGUGGACUGUUGAUUUUGCAAGCGAAGAUCACAAACCUUUUCUUGAACGCCUUGCUGUACAGAUCUUUUCUAAUGGUGGACUUUUUGUGGAUAGUCAAGACAAGCCGAUAAGAUUUGAUCCUUCUCCUCAAGAUCGCCCCAUCCGAACGAAUUUAAAAAGCGCACGCAUUAGAUUACAGAAUGCUGAUAAUGAUCUUGGAGUUCCUUAUAAGAAUAAUAAUGGGAAUAAUUGGUCACUUAACGUGGCCGCUACCUGUGGGGACUUACUCUUCAAAUUGGAUCCUUCUAAGCCAGUAAUAAAUUGUGUUCCGGAUAUUUACUUCAAUAAGCUUGGUGCAUUUUCGAAACGGACCGGCACAAAGCUAGAUUCUGGAGAGCAUAUAAAGAACAUUGCUAUGCACCUUUGUAAUAGGGAGGGUGAUCGUAGUCUAUUUGAAAAUACUCUACAAGAAUAUGACGACU